GCGCCUGCGCCAGAACGGCCGCCUCGCUCCCGGAAGUGGAGGGUCUGCACGGAGAGCGCCGCUGGGUCUGGGCGCCCGGAGGCAGAAGUGCCGGCGGAGCUCGCUCCUCAGCCCCCCGACCGCCAUGUCGUCCGUCGACACCAACCCCUUCGCAGACCCGGUGGACGUAAACCCCUUUCAGGAUCCCUCUGUGACCCAGCUGACCAAUGCGCCGCAAGGCAGCCUGGCUGAGUUCAACCCCUUCUCAGAGACAAAUGCAGCGACAACAGUUCCUGUCACGCAGCUCCCUGGGCCCUCGCAGCCAGCGGUUCUCCAGCCUUCCGUGGAACCAACCCAGCCCACCCCCCAGCUCCUGCUUAGACAGGCCAGCAAGUUCCUGCCUACCAGAUUCCUGACAGUGAGUGAGCUCUCAGAGAGGCAGAUGCUACUAGGAGGAGAUAGUAUUCUCAGAGACAGCUACAUGCGAAAGCUUCCGAAGGCCGUGGCCUCCGCAGCCCAGGCAAGCCUGCUCCGGCAGCAGGAAGAGCUGGACAGGAAGGCAGCUGAGCUAGAGCGAAAGGAGCGGGAGCUGCAGAGCACGGUGGCCAGCUUACAUGUGAGAGAGAACAACUGGCCACCCCUGCCCUUCUGGUGCCCUGUCAAGCCCUGCUUCUAUCAGGAUUUCUCCGUCGAGAUCCCUGCCGACUAUCAGCGGAUAUGCAAGAUGCUCUACUAUCUCUGGAUGUUGCAUUCGGUGACUCUCUUUCUGAACCUGCUUGCCUGCCUGGCCUGGUUCUUAGUCGACAGCUCCAAGGGAGUGGACUUUGGCCUUUCGAUCCUGUGGUUGAUCAUGUUCACCCCCUGUGCCUUCCUUUGUUGGUACCGACCCAUCUAUAAGGCCUUCAGGUCCGACAACUCUUUCAGCUUCUUCGUGUUCUUCUUCAUAUUUUUUUGUCAAAUAGUGAUCUAUAUCAUCCAGUUGGUUGGCAUCCCUGGCCUGGGGGACAGUGGUUGGAUCGCAGCCCUGUCUACACUGAAGCAAGACCACUUGGCUGUGUCGAUCAUCAUGAUGGUGGUGGCUGGCUUCUUCACCCUGUGUGCCGUGCUCUCACUCUUCCUUCUGAAGCGGGUGCACUCCCUGUACCGCCGGACGGGGGCCAGCUUCCAGCAGGCCCAGGAGGAGUUUUCCCAGGGCAUCUUCAGCAACAGGACCUUCCGCAGCGCUGCCUCCUCUGCUGCCCGGGGAGCCUUUCAAGGGAACUAGUCCUGACUCUCCUUCUCUGCCCCAGCCUUUUCUCUCGCCUGCCUUCUAGCUGCACUUGCCGUGGGUGCCUUAAACAAUGGUUAUGCUCAGCACAGACCCAGGGAGGGUCUUGCCGGGGUCCUUCCUCCUUCCUCAGCCACCAGCUCUCCCAUUUUGCCCAAGGGAAGCGGAGGGAGGGACAGGGCUUUUUUUUUUUUUUUUUACAGAAGAGAAAAAAAAAAAAAGCUGUCUUCUCUGGUGGUGGUUUGGUAGGAUUCGAAGCAGUGGGAAUGAAGUUCACCCCCCCCACGCACGCACAUACACACACAGACACACGCAUGUGCACAUACAUGUGCACACUUGGAAUCACCAGCUGACCUGGACCUGUGCCAGCUGGAGUCUUAUUUCUGCUGGGUUCCUGGGGCUCCACUCCUCCCCAGCACGCCUAGCCUGAAACUGGCUCCACGGACCCAGCCUGUGGCAUCCACAAUCCUGCCUCUACCUUCCUGCCCAGGCUGGGGUAGUCGCCCAAGGGCUCCCCUUUAGAUGAGCUCCAGUGGAUGGAAAGCUCUGUUCCCCAGAUUACUCUGAGGUGGUCUCUAGGCCUCCAAAGCCUCGGGCAUCACCUGUAGGCUCUUCCCUGCCUUAUGUUUCUCACAGAUUUAGAGCCGAUCAGUGUCCCCUGCACCUGCCCCCAGUAUGGGUGGCAUGUGUGCCCCUUGGGGCCUCUCUGAGCCCUCCCCUCCAUGGACGUACUGAAUGUGCAGUGGGCUUGCCUGGGAUUUGGGGAUGGGAGGGAUAGAGGACGUUGACCCCAGGUGGUCCUGCCCAGCCUUUGGCAGUUGUCUGGCAGGGUGGAGUCUGACUGUCCUGCUGUGGUUUGGCCCUGUUUAUCCUGAUUUCCUCUCCUGAGGAACAGCAGCCCUUUGCCAAGGCCUCGGCUUCUUCCCUGCUCUGCCUUCCACCCUCAGCAAUAGGAUUCUUCGGGAGGGCCGGAGAAACAUUCCAGGACUGUACCCUCUUGCUGGACCCAGAGCCACUUAUGGGAUGGUCCGCCCACACCCCCAGCCGAACCUGUCUCCUGUCACUGGCCCUGGUAAUUCCGUGGGCGUGUCUGUGGGAUGGGCACCUGGAGCCCCCAGAUAAGCCCUGCACCCUGCCCUCCGAAGGCUGCAUACAGGGGUGGGUGUGUGGACUGAGGGCACUUUUCAAAAAGCUGGCCAACUGCCUGCCUCUGGCACCUGGGGCCCACUCCGACGCGGCGCGCGGACUGCCAGCCCGCUCAGCCCCAGAGCCGCCGAAGGCCGUGGCAGUGAUCAAGGUUUUGUAAACUUUCUGGUAUUUUUUCCCCCGUGUACAAAUGUAUAUGUUCUGUCUCGAUUUUUGUGCUUUAAAUAAAAACGACAUUUUCAGACAACA